ACUUUGGUGAUGUCAGUUAUCUUUUGGCGGAAAAAUUAACAACCAGAUCCUGAGACCAUGCACAGGGAAGAUAUUCAUUCUUCUCCAUACUUUUUCACUUUUAAUUCUGUGAUCUGAUUUACAAACCCUGGGACUAAUUUUGAUCUAUAGGCAAUGUGGAGAUUUAAAACAAUCAUAAGUCUUGUGAUUCUUAUAUCCUGGUGGUCGCCAAUGGCGUGGGCAAUGCGGUUUGAUCUGAAAUCAGGAAGCACAAAGUGCAUAACAGAAGAGAUCAAGAGCAGUGCCAUGACUGUUGGAAAAUACACUGUCAUUUCCGAUAUCAAGCCCACGCAGGAGUCCCAUAAAAUUACUAUUCGGGUGACUUCGCCGCAUGGGAACAACUAUCACUAUUCAGAUCAUGUGGAUUCAGGGACUUUCGCCUUUACAGCGGCUGAAACGGGUGAUUAUAUGGCUUGUUUUUGGGCACCUGAUCAUAAGCCACCGGUCACUCUCUCAGUAGACUUCGACUGGAAAUCAGGCGUUGCUGCAAAAGAUUGGUCCAAGGUUGCUAAGAAAGGACAAGUUGAUGUCAUGGAAGUUGAACUCAAGAAAUUGUAUGAUACGGUGACAUCCAUUCAUGACGAGAUGUUCUAUCUCCGUGAAAGGGAGGAAGAAAUGCAAGCACUUAACCGAUCAACAAAUUCGAAUAUGGCAACUUUUAGUUUUCUAUCACUCUUGGUCUGCUUGUCAGUAGCUGGAUUGCAACUAUGGCAUCUGAAGACAUUUUUUGAGAGGAAGAAGCUUCUUUAGUUUUACAUCUAACCAGAACAUUUUGGUUCUAAGCCUUCAGUUCCUGUACUGUAAUGUUGAGGGGUUUUGACUGACUUUUUAUAACAAUUUUGAAGCUAAAAUCAUAAUAGCACAUCU